GAAGAACUCAAUUUCUAUAUAUUAUGAGUACAAAGAGGAAAAUACACUCCCCAAACCGAGAUGACCUCGGGAUGCUGCCUGGUAGACAUUUGUAUUUACAGUAGCUCAACCUUGAAGAACAGUGGGGCGGUCCUACGUAAUGCGCCAAGCGGCCCAGAACCAUGCGGUUCAACCGACAACAACCUGUCACUGGCCAGCUGAAACAGCCGCAACAACACCACACCAAGACACUGGCUUGCGCACCACCAACUAUUGGUGCCUUUUUUCUCUAGUUACUUUUUGUUUUCCUCGCUUUUGCUUUUUCAGUCUGGUACUCGGCGCAGGCGCAGGAUCAUCAUCACCAUCAUGUCCAACCCCAACGCCCUCCUCCUCCUCGCCGACCACAUCAAGCUCUCCCUCCUCGAGCGCCAGCGCGCAAAGAACCUCAACCUCCCAAACGACACCCAAGAUGGCCACAUCUCUCGUUCUCUGGACCAACUCCGCGACGGGAUCGAAGCCCUAGAAAAAGAACAACAACGGCUCCAAGAAGCAGGCGAGGAAGCUAAAUCGACCGCCCUCCUCACAACCCUCACCUCCCUCAACAAACAACAAAAAGAUCUCACCACCCAAUUCCAUGGCUUCCCCACCGCAGCCACAACCUCGACCCUAACCCACCCCAAUGACCCCUCCCUAGCCGAAGACUUUGCCCACGCCCAAUCCGCCCCCGCUCCCCCCACCACCACCACCAGUCAGAAAAAGAACGUCCGUUUCACAGACGACAACAAUGACACUGACCUCGAAGCGCAACGCUCCUCCCUUUUUUCUUCUCAACAGCCAUAUCGCGACGAGGUAGACGACGACUCGGCGGGGUACCGCAACGAAGCCGAGGGGCUGUCAAACACCCAAAUCCACGCCUACCACCGACAGAUUCUGGAAGAGCAAGAUGCGCAGCUGGACGCGCUGGGGCUGAGCAUCAGCCGGCAGAGGGAGCUGUCGAUGCAGAUUGGGGAUGAGCUGGACUCGCAGGUCUUGAUGCUGGAUGAGAGCGAGAGGGUGGCGGAUAGGCAUGCGAGCACGCUCAACAGGGCGAGGAGGCAGUUGGGGCGGGUGGCGAGGGGGGCGGCGGAGAGUGGGGAGGGGAGGCAGAUGACUGCUAUUGUGGUGUUGAUUAUUGUUUUGGUGUUGUUGAUUGUCAUUUUGAAGUGAUGGGACAGGGCUCAUCGUUUUGCAGGCGUUUAACAUGGAGUUUUUGGAGUUAUGGAAGUCACGCACUGCAGCAGCUGGGGUUGUGUGGGAGGAAUACAUCCUUUUUUUUACUUCUUUU